AUGGAGUUUCCAUGGCCGGCUCGGCCGGUCAUUCUGGCCAUUCUCCUCUUGUCGCUGGCCGCGCAUUCGCACACGCAGACGACUUACGACGAGUUCCUGGACAAAAUCGAGAGCGUUCUUAACGGGUCCACGCCUGUCGGCAAGGUUGAUUCCAUCCUGUUCACGCAGGCCAAUCGGUACAACCUGGCUCGCAGCAAUAAAGCCCGCGCCAAAUCCGCCUCGCAAGGCGGCGGCAAAUCCGUCUCCCACAGAUCUCCCUUCCGCAGUAACUCGCUCCGCAGCUCGGUCGCGUCGGACCCUGGCGUCGACAGUAGCAGCGGCAAUACCGGCGGCAGUGCCAGCGGCAGUAGCGGCAGCAGCUUCGGCUUGAUCUCGCGUUUUUUUACUAGUUUCUUCAGCGUCCGCUCCAGCGCGACAACAUCUGGGUUUACUAAACCGGCUCCGCCGCUGUCCACCUUCCAAAAUGGCGUGAAAUGGCUGAGCAGCAGCGCGGCAGCUAGCAAAUCCAACCGUGCUAAGCUAAACUUUUUACUUAAGCUGCUGGGACAGCCAAGCCUCAACGAGGCUCUGGGGAAUAAAAAAUCCGCUUUUUUCAUACCCGCGGAUGCGAAUGUUACGUUGGAGGCGGAAGGUGUUACGAAUCUUACUGCUGCGCAAGCUACAGUGCCCAACACUGUACCGACGACUCCGGCGCCAGUUUCCGGGCAGAGUUACGGUCAGAAUUAUGCGAUGAUGAGCUCUGGCACGGUCGGGGUGCUGCACGACGAUGACGACGAUGAGAGGAGAAGUCGCGGGGGGCGGCAGUAUCGCAUCGAAUGCCACGAUGAUGAAGAGGACGACGACGAGGAGGAAUGCAUAGAGCCGGUUGGGAAAGUGCGAAUCAUCAAAUACAC